AGCAUCCUGGUGUUAGCCGUUAGCUCACCGCUAACAAAAACAUUAUUCAGUGAGGUGUGAAUAUUUUUUAUAUUAAUGGGUGAAUAUUAACGUGGCUCUAGGAAGGACAAGGGAGACAAGGAACUACACAAACUGGCUUUAACCCCCACAUACUCCCACAAGGUUGGACAGCCGCUAUCGGAAGAGGCUAGUCAACAACUAAACAGCUAGCUAACGUCCAAACUUUGACGGGCACCAUCAGCAACUCGUUAGCUCGUUGUUAGUUUUGUAGCGAGCCGGGACAUGUACCGUGUUAUUGUAGCUAGUAUGCUAACUAGCGAGUGUCGUGUGUAUCGGCGUCUAGUGACGCGUUAUCUUGACCACUCGUUCGUGUAAAACAGAGUUUACGCCAUUACUAAGCUUGUGAAUAAUGACAGCCGUGGAGCAGGCGGUGCUAACGUUAGCCACUUGUACUCCUCUGUGACCGAGAUGAAUUCGGUUGGUCAAAGGCGUAAACGUUGCUGAUCGUCUCUCGCUUACGUCGAUAGUAAAAUACAGCGACCAGCAGCUCGUAAACACUGCAGCGAUCUGACCAGGCGCACGCCUGUGAGACCCGAUCGAUAUCGGCCAAUCACUAAAUGAUGCGAAACGUCAGGAUGUCAAACUUGUGGGGUUUAACGUCGGGGCAGAAGUAUUGUGUCGGAAACACAGCUGCCCGCUCCUUUCGGUAAUCCUUGUAUUCCCCACAAUGCAGACACAGUAGACGUGUGUGAUUGAACGUGUAGGUUAACGUCCUGUGUGUGUACCACGACAUCUGACUGCGAGUUCCCUUGAACGAGUCUCCAUAAGAGGCACGGUGUUCUUGUUGAAUGAUGCCGGGGGACGCGUCCGACAGUAGCGACGACUCCGAUGCCAACACGAAUGAGCGAGCCUGUACGGUCAAGCAUCAAAUCACAAAUGCUAACCUCACGGGUCACACUGAGAAGGUCGGUAUUGAGAACUUUGAGCUGCUCAAAGUCUUGGGCACUGGAGCUUAUGGUAAAGUGUUUUUGGUCAGGAAGAAUACCGGUCACGAUGUGGGCCAACUAUAUGCUAUGAAGGUGUUAAAGAAAGCCGCGAUUGUUCAAAAGGCAAAGACAACCGAGCACACUCGCACUGAGAGGCAGGUGCUGGAGCACAUCCGCCAGUCUCCCUUCCUGGUCACGCUCCACUACGCCUUCCAGACGCAGAGCAAACUGCAUCUCAUCCUAGACUAUGUGAGCGGCGGGGAGAUGUUCACUCAUUUGUACCAGCGGGAUCACUUCCCUGAAGAGGCGGUGCAGAUUUAUAUCGGGGAAAUAAUCCUGGCUCUGGAGCACCUGCACAAGCUUGGGAUCGUGUACCGAGACAUCAAAUUGGAAAACAUCCUUCUAGACAGUGAAGGCCAUGUAGUAUUGACAGAUUUCGGACUCAGCAAGGAGUUUCUACAGGAAGAGAAGGAAAGGACCUACUCUUUCUGUGGCACCAUUGAGUACAUGGCACCUGAAAUCAUCAGGGGGAAAUCUGGCCAUGGCAAGUCGGUAGAUUGGUGGAGCCUUGGGAUCCUGAUGUUUGAGCUUCUGACGGGUGCUUCUCCUUUUACCUUGGAGGGGGAGAGGAACUCCCAGAGUGAGGUGUCAAAACGUAUUUUGCGCUGUGAUCCUCCGUUCCCUUCCAUGAUUGAACCCACUGCUCAGGACCUGCUGAGGAAGUUGUUGGUGAAAGAUCCCCACCGGAGGCUGGGCUCUGGACCACAGGGGUCCGAGGACAUCAAAGCACACACCUUCUUCAAGGGCCUGAACUGGGCCGACCUCGCACAGAAGAAGGUGCCAAGUCCUUUUAAGCCAGAGCUGAAGAGUGAACUGGACGUGGGGAACUUUGCUGAGGAAUUCACCGGGAUGGAUCCCGUCUACUCUCCAGCGGGCACACCGUUAAGCACUGACCGCCUGUUCCAGGGUUACUCCUUCAUUGCUCCCUCCAUCCUGUUCAACAAGAACGUGGUCAUGGGAGACUUUGUUCAAUCCCAUAUCGGUGCUGAUCGCCCGGCUUCAGCCUCUGUCCAACGAAGUGCAAUAUUAGAGGAAUCCCAGUUUUUUCAGCACUAUGAGCUGUGUCUUCAUGGGCCACCCCUGGGGGAGGGCAGCUUCUCUGUGUGCAGGAAAUGCCGACACAAGCAAAGUGGCCAAGAGUAUGCCGUCAAGAUCGUCAGCCGCAGGAUGGAGGUCAACACCCAGAGGGAGGUUGCUGCUUUAAAGCAAUGCGAGACUCACCCAAACAUCGUGAAGCUGCAUGGAGUCUAUACGGAUCAGUAUCACACAUAUUUAGUGAUGGAGCUUCUGCGAGGUGGGGAGUUGCUGGAAAGGAUAAAGAGGAAGAAACUGUUCGGGGAGGCAGAGGCCAGUCAGCUGUUACAGAGCCUGGUCUCGGCAGUCGGCUUCAUGCACGAGGCUGGAGUCGUGCACAGAGACCUCAAACCAGAGAAUGUGCUGUUUGCAGAUGAGGCGGAGGACUCCAUCCUGAAAGUAAUAGACUUUGGAUUUGCCCGCCUGUGCCCUGCAGGCAGCGCCCCCCUGCAGACGCCCUGCUUCACGCUGCAGUACGCUGCACCUGAACUUUUUGAGAGUGCAGGAUAUGACAAAGCCUGCGACCUCUGGAGCCUCGGUGUCAUCCUGUACACCAUGCUGUCAGGCCAGGUGCCAUUUCAGAGUGAGCAGCGGGGGAUGACCUCAUCAUACGCUGCUGACAUCAUGCAAAAGAUUAAAGAGGGCGAUUUCUCAUUGGACGGGGAGGCAUGGAAGGGCGUAUCGGAGGAUGCCAAAGAGCUUGUUAAAGGCCUAUUGACGGUGGACCCAGAGACGCGUCUCAAACUCUCUGAUCUGAAAGAGAACAGCUGGCUGCAGGGCGGAGCAUCCAUGUCCACCACUCCCCUGUGCACUCCAGAUGUGUUAGAGUCCAGUGGGCCUACGGUCCGCACCUAUGUCAAUGCCACCUACAAGGCUUUCAACCUUGGUAAGAGAGAGGGCUUCUUUCUGAAAAGUGUCGACAAUGCUCCACUCGCAAAACGCAGAAAGCUGAAGAUGACGAGCACAGGCGUUGAGACCCGAUGGAGUUCAUCUUCUUCCUCCUCCUCUACUUCGUCCUCUGCCUCUGCAACAGCAUCCAAAACGCAGCCAAAGCAAACUGGGACCUCAAAGAAGACUGGGACCCCAAAGCAGACUGGUUCCCCAAAGCAGACUGGGACCCCGAAGCAGAGCUAGCCUAAAUGGCAGCUGAGAGAACGAAUGGGAAAUUAAGAAGUAUGUGCUUAUACGGGUACCACCGUGUCCUCCAGUGGUGAUGGGGUCACCCAGUUCUCAAAAAUCAACAACAACAUACUGAAGAACCAAAAGACUGGUUUAGGUCAGUGUUACGUUUUUAAUAACAAUUUUAAUUCCAUCAUUCAUCACACCGUAUUCUCCCCAAACCAGUCUGUAUUUUCCUUGAAAGGAUGGAGGAGAAGACGGUGGAAGUCUAGUUUGGCAUCAUUAAGGUAUACAGAGAUCUGUGGCCUUGAGAAAAAUAUUAUUAUCCAGUAUUCUCUGACCAUAUAUUACACACUAAAAGUUUUUAAAAAAUUGAUAUUUACCUGUUUUCACUGUGGAUAAGAAACAUUGCCUGGCUAUAUCGGGACAAAGGGAAACGGGAGCCAUAAAUGAGCAGGAGCCAUAAUUAUAGCAACGCGGUGAAAGAAUCACAUUGUGUGUGUGUGUGUGUGUGUGUGAAUACACACAUAUUUGCACAGAGCAAAUGAAUAGCCCAUCCAGGAAUUCACAGGCUGAGUUUCCUGAUUGUAUCUAGUUAUUUUUUAACUUUGCCACGCGCAUAAUGAUCCGGCAAAGGUUUGGCCACGAGUGCUGUGCCACACGAAAGCACUCAUCUUUUAAUUUUUUUUUGCUGUUGCACGAUUUGCAGAAGGGCGUAAAUGGUCAAAAAGAGGCCAGACUGAGCUCAGCGGGGAACGCCUCGGAUAUGCGUGACCCUUGCGAUCGCGGAGGAUGCUGUAGUUGAAACGGUUUCUUCUCGGAUGCGGUCUGAACCGUCAGUCCGGCGGGUCCUGGCUGUGCAAAGCGGUUCCAGGUCUCCAGAUUCUGUGAAACACAACGUGGGGGGCGCAUCGCUCCAUCCACGGCUCUGAUAACGUUUACAUUUUUAAGCGAACAACUCUGAGUGCCGCCUGAAGUGGUCUCAGUACGAACACGGUGCCCAACAGUAGCACUUGUAAGCGCAGACGAGACUGGGGUCUUCUCGUCCUUCUGGCUGUAAAUUGCUCGCAUUAUUGUGCCGCUACGACCCUUUUCUAAUAUGCUAAUCCGUUGUGAAGAUGAACUGUAAGAACUUUUCUUUUUAAAGUUUGGAUAAUUUAAGCGUACGACGGAGAUGUUUUUAUGCUCCCGAGUGCACAACAGUGUUCGCACUUCGAUUGGAGCAAAAUCCUCUUUGGUGGUUUAAUGUGUCCGUCGCCUUUUGGCUCGUGAAUCUUUGAAGGGUAUUCCAGUUUCAUCCGGUUGCUCGACCGACCAGCGCCCGAUGCGGCUCUCACCAAUACAAUCUGAUUUGACACAGUGAAAUAUUAUGUCAACCUUUUAAUCAAUUGUUGUCGCCUGGGAUGUAAUGGUCAUUACAAUAUGUGUUUUUACAGAUGUGCUUUUAAAACGUUGUGCUUGGGAGGCGUUUCAGAAAGAGAUCUUGAUCAUGAAUCUAAUGGAGUUCUGAUGAGCCGCAAGUUCUGUAUAUACUCAUUCUUGAUUUAGAGAAACAAAACAAAAAAUGAUGUAUGUAAUGAUUUUAAGAUUUGAAAACCGUUUCAAUGGUAUAUUAGUCCUCUGAUGUAUUUCUGUUAGACUUUUUCCUUUUCUUUUUUUACAUGUUGCACAGACCGUUGAUCAAUUAAACACAUUUCAGCUUUAAAGGUGCUUUCCCUGAUAUUUAUUACAUGUAAUUGAUAUUAAUGCAGUGGUAAUGGGAUUAAUGAUUGAUUUGGCUCUUGUUGUGUACCGAGUGUGUGUGUACUGUGUGUGUGUGUGAGAGCAUGGGAAGUUGGCUGUUUUCCGAUAUUUCUGUACCAGAUGAUGCUUUAUUGCUUUAUUUUGUAUUAUUUCCUUGUUGUUUGCCGCCUUUGUCUGUUUAUCAGAUAACAGGCUGUUUGUGUUUGAACAUUUACAUUUUUACUUUAAAAAACGGCUUUUAUUGGUGUUCUUUUGUUGUCGUGAAUAAUAUUUUUUCCUAUUUUGCUUUCUUUUUUUGAGCGUUACUAUCUUACUGAGAAGCACUGUCACUGAUGUCGUAACUGGGAAUUUUAUCUUUUGCACCAAUGUUUUUCAGUUGGUGCAAAAUAAACUUUACUUUUAAAUAAC